CAUUUUUUCGAAAGGCAACUUCCGGAUCUCCCAACUUCUUAUUAACUAGCUACGUCACUUCUGUGUAUACAGUUUGUAAACAAAGCCAAAACAAAGAUGGAUUCAUCAAGAGGUUUAAUCUAAAAAUAUAGUCAGAUCGAAUAACACAAAUUGAAAUCGGUGUCAUUUACAGUUCGCUGACUUAGGUAUUGGAAAAUUAGAGACAGCAUUUACAUGUCGUUGUUCCGAGCGAUAUUGACUUUUAUUUCGAAGUUACACAGCGAUUAGAAUUGUUUUUCUGCAUCGACGUUGGAGGGCUGUUGUUCAUUCCUAUUUGCUAGCUACCCCGCAGGCUAGCUAAAAAGACAACUUAUUUAGCAAGACACAUACAAAUAUUUGUUUUUGUUGCUUAUCUUGCUGUCCUGUUAGCUAGCUGUCCUGUUCGUAUUGGGGGUUGUGUGUGCUGGUCCAGUUCAAUGGGGAACUGUUUGUCUUCGCAAGGCGCCGACGACUUGUCUCUCCUCAACGAGUCCCAGGAAGCCAGUGUUCCAGGGGAGCCUCCACCGCCUUACCAGGAGCGUGUCCAUGCGCCAGUGUACCACCCCACCCCCAGUCAGACGUGCCUGGCCAGCCAGCUAACAGAGGAGGAGCAGAUCCGUAUCGCCCAGCGGAUUGGCCUCAUCCACCACCUCCCCAGAGGCAUCUUCGACCCCGGCUCUGAGCCCUCUGACAAGAAAGUCAAAGAGUGUGCGAUCUGCAUGAAUGACUUUGAGUAUGGCGACCCCAUCCGGUUCCUUCCCUGCCUGCACAUCUACCACGUGGACUGCAUCGACACAUGGCUGAUGAGGUCCUUCACCUGUCCUUCCUGUAUGGAGCCUGUGGAUGCCGCCCUGCUCUCCUCCUAUGAGACCAACUGAACUGGUCUCAUAUGAGACCAGUUCACUCAUCUGAGCAGUCUCUGGCUGGGUCCUGUUCAUUAGGCCAAACAGAAGAAAACUGAUUAAAGCAGGGAGGGACUUGACCUGGACUUGUCCAAUAAGAAGUGCUUGUUAAUUUUUUUUCAGUUGCAAAACUAUUCCCUAUUUAAUGUACUACUUUUCACCAGAGCCUUAUAGGCCCUGAUCCAAAGUAGUGCAUUAAAUAGGGAAUAGGGUGCACACAAUCCUAGAAACUUCCCCUUUAACAGAGGUGCCAAACGCCCUUAUGACACAUCACCUCUUUAACCUGGAUGUUCUGUCCUAGUCACACAGCCCUGGGAGGAGUGAUGGGUUGUGUCAAAAUAUAUAUUUUAAAUGUAACCUUUAUUUAACUAGUGAAGUCGGUUAAGAACAAAUUCUUAUUUACAAUGACGGCCUGCACCGGCCAAACUCGGACGGCACUGGGCCAAUUGUGUGCCGCCCUAUGAGACUGCCGGUUGUGAUACAGUCUGGAUUUGAACCAGGUGGUCUGUAGUGACGCCUCUAGCACUAAGAUGCAGUGUCUUAGACCACUGUGCCACUUGGAAGCUCCAUAUGUAGGGUGUACCACACUGAGUGUGUUGAAAGUGGGGUGUUCUACUCUGUAUUGGGGCUUUUGGAAUUAGGAACGUCUGUCUCUUUCGCCUUUUCAGACUUGUUGCCAAAUACAUCUUAAGUUAAGUGAAGGAUAUAGAUGGAGAUCUUUAGAAGUCAUGAUGAGUGAUAUUAUUGACAACUGAUUUUACCUUUGGAUGAUCUGAGGGUGGUAGACUAGAGAUUGUCCCAUUAGUUUAGUUUAUGUAGGCUGGUCUUGGAUCUGUUAGUGCUGUCUUCUUGACAACAGCUGAUAAGACGGCACAAUCCGAUCUAUAUCUUUGUUUAUGUGGUUGGUUUAUUUUAAUUCCCUUUUCAAUCAUCCCCCUCCAGACUAAAAUGUGCAAUAUGAUGUGAGGAAGUGCUAGAAUUGCGUCGUUCUGAUUGGUCAAAAGAAGGUGACCCCCGACCUUAACACUGCUGUCUCGGCCAAUUAGCUUUAAGACGGGUAUGGCCUUGAAUGUCUCUCAAAACAGCACAGGGCUCUUGACUAGAAUGCAAACAUUUUUCUCAUUAAAUGGCAAUCAUAGAGAGAGAAAAAAGUUCACAAAGUAAUGAGAUAUGAGAAUAAACUGUGAGGUCUCCAUCCCAUGCCGGUCUAGUAGGUUACCUCAUGACUUACUACUGGCCUCAUACCUUUAUUGGAGAUGUCACUACUGGCCUCAUACCUUUAUUGGAGAUGUCACUACUGGCCUCAUACCUUUAUUGGAGAUGUUACUACUGGCCUCAUACCUUUAUUGGAGAUGUCACUACUGGCCUCAUACCUUUAUUGGAGAUGUCACUACUGGCCUCAUACCUUUAUUGGAGAUGUUGGAUUUGUAUGUAUGUUGUUUUACAGGGUGGGUUGUUGUAGCUGUUAGUUAGUCUGGUUCCAGAUCUAUUUGUGCUGUCUUGCCAAGGUGGCCAGCCUUACUGGGCUAGCUCUUAGUACCUUAAACUGCAUUUUCACCUUGGAUCUUUUUCCUUACAAAGCUUUGCCUUGACUGUGUGCUAUCUUACUCUUAUGAGAUCAUGGUUUGUUGUUGUUGUUCAUUCUUAUGUUUACCGUUAGUGAGUGACUUUUGCGUCCAAAAUGGCAAACUAAUCCCUAUAUAAUGCAAUACUUUUGAGCAAAGCACGAUGCAGGAACUGGUCAACAGUAGUGCACUAUGUAGGGAUUAGGGUGCCAUUUUGGACGUGGCCCAAAAUGCUGUGCCAUUAUCUAUCCCCGAAUUCUAUGCACCUUGGGAUCUCCUCUGGUACCGUGUAGGUCUGGGACUGUAUUCACAAAGAGUCUUAGAGUAGGAGACCGUUUUGCCUUUUGGAUCAGUUAUAUGUACUCCUAGUUUUUGUGACGACAGGCCUUGAAUCAGGACAGAGGAAAUAUCUUUUGUUCUCCUUUUCCCUCUUCCUUCUUCUAUUUCUCCUACUACUCACUCUAUUGUCUCUUUUUGAAUAACUUUAUUGUAGAAGUGUUUGACAAGAGAGAAAGAGAAUGAAUACGUGUCAAAAUAUAAUUUACACUGUUUUGGAUACUUUGUGUAAAGGUUGUAUCUAGAGUGUUUUCCAAUGUUGUCAGAAAAUGUGUUUGUGAAUAUAGAUCUGUUUUUUUGUAUUGUAGUGAUGAUCUAUUCUACAUGAUUGAAUUCCAGAGGCUUUUUAAACUGUUUUGUCGAUUGAUUAUUGGACUAAAAUAAAUAGGAAACUCUUGUUGAUUGACUGUGGUUUGAUACUAACAAAGUAAGGACAAGUGAGAGAGGGUACAGACUCAAACUGAGGAGAAUAGAAUGGAUUAUGACUUGAACCCAUUCUGAAUGUAACUAUCUUGAUCGUGGACAUUACUGUGGUGAAGUCAAAACCAGGAGCGUAUUUGAAAUGUACCCUCAUCACCAACUCUCUUCAGGUGAAAGUGGGGAAAGUAUGGCUGCUAUUCAGUUCAGUCCUUGACCUAUGCCCUUUUAGGUGAACGUGGGGAAAGUAUGGCUGCUAUUCAGUUCAGUCCUAGACCUAUGCCCUUUUAGGUGAACGUGAGCCAACUCCUGUGAAGUACAAUCAUUUCUGAUACUCGUGUCAUUGUUUUAGUGCUCCUUGAAGCCGGAGAUGGAGAGUGUGUCGACUGAAAGAAGAAUAUGAUUAGUCAGACUGUUCCUGGCUGCUGUUUCUGGGUUUUGUAAUGUGUGUGUGCAAUGAGGGCUCAGCUUUUAGGAAAAACUACAAUAAAAAGUGAAUGCCAAAUCUAA